AUGUGGUGCGGACGAGGGCGCCCCUGUGGCGCGCUGCUUGUGGUGGCGGUGCUGGCACUGUUCUCGGCUGCAGUUGAAGGCGUGGCAGGAGGUGCGGCGUACAGAGUGAGGCAUCCAUCAUCAAGUACGAUUUUGUGGAGCGACGACGCCCACCUGCAACCUUCCCACUCCUCGCUCUACGCGCUGCAGCGGGGACGCCUUGAAUGGACGACGAGCCCUCUCACCUCCGCGUCGUUCGACCUUGAGCAAGUGAGACUCGUCAUGUCUUCCUCUACUGCGUCGACCCUCUGUCAUGGACCCAUGCCGGCUCUGAUCUCUGCUCUCGACGUUGAAGACGCGAAGCACGAGGAGUGUCCCUUCGUGCUGCCGGGUCUCCAUCUCGAGGCCACCUACGCGACCGAGGCAAGCGCUCCGGCGGGUGGACGAAAGCACGGCGCGCAGGAGACGCGGAGACGCUCUGUAGGGCUCGAUCUGGGCCAGUGCGCGACCGUCGUGGGCGGCGGUGGGGACCACGACCUGCUCCACAUGGGCCGCCUGCCUUCGAACUUCUCGCUCUCGACCAUGGCCUACAGUCUGCCGGCCGAGGUCCUCCAGAGCUUCGAACACGACGGCUCCUCUCGACGGUCAUCGCCCGAGCGCACGGAUCGCUACUUCUUCUACGCUCCCGACUUCCCCCUGGACAGGGCACACGCGAUCGCUGCACGGCUGCAAGAGGCCUUUGAUGAGGGCGCGGGCGAAAGCAACCACCAGGACGACGACACCCGACGCUGGAGCCUGACGGCGCUGGAGGUCCGGUUAACGCCCAACAGGAUUGAAGGCCCACCAGCACUCUCCGUCGUUGCAACUCAGUUCAGGCAGACUCCCGCCACGGGUGAGGCGACCAGGCUGUCGGUGUCCGACAGUCGGCCGGAGGAGAUCUCGUUUGUCACCGGGCCGGGACAAAUCACGACCCUCUCCAACUAUCGCAGCUCCUCCGCCGACCGACCCUCGCUACCGGCGGCCGAUUCCCAGGUCAAGGUCAGCGAGCAGCCGCGCAACUUCACGCGCUCUCUGCCUAUCCACCGCCGCAGCGCCACCAGCGAGGAGGGCAUACAGCUCCAGUCCCUUCGGCGGUCGCUCGACAAGAAGGGAUUCCACCGAGAGAUUCGUACCGACAUCACCCUAUCUGCCCGCGGUCGGGAGACUUCCGAGCUGCGGUGGUGCCAAGUCGCCCUGAUGGAGAUGUUACCCGAGUCGGUGUUUGUCGACAAGUACCAGGUGGACGAGCUGCACCGAUUUGGUGGUCCGCAAGUGCUGAUCUUCGACGAGUUCGACUUGGAGAAGCCGUCGUCCGAUCACGGCGCGCGCCAAGGUGUGGUCAUAGUGCAGACCACGACCACCAAUCCCACCAAGGUUGGUGACCGACUUGAGGCCCGCCUGUCCGUCGUGCUGCCCAUCCACUUGCGCUAUCAGGACCCGUCGCUCGACGCCACCCACCGCAAAUUCAGCAUACCGCCACCGCUGGUCUACGUGCGCUGCGGCGCGGGAACUGUGCCAACGCCGCCAUCGCAUCCAUCAUCGUGGACUCGAGCCGUACGCGAUAGCGACGAAACGAGGGGCGCUGACGCAUCGGCAGCGGUGCUGGAAGUGUGGGUGCCCGUGGGCGAGAAGCAGAAGCAGGGCCUGGUGACGAUCGUGACCCUGCUGGCGACCACCCUCGGCUCCGCCAUUGUCCUUCUCUUCCUGUGGUCGCACCGCCGUGCCGGCAAAGCCAAGCGAGAGUGA